AAUUUGUAAAGCAUAUAAACUUGCGCUAUCAAAAAAAAAUAGCUGCCACAUAUAAAUAUAUAGCCUCUUCUUCAUAUUGGUCAGAAGUUCAUUACUUCAUUUCCAAUUCUAUAGAGGGCUCUGGAACGGCGCAGCUUGUACUGUAACUUUAUUUUGAAAAAUGGAUGAGCAAGUUAUGGGGAUGAUGGGGAGUGGUGGGAUUGGUGGUUUAGGUGAUCAAUUCUCCGGGGAGCAACAGCUAAAAGCAGAGAUAGCUAAUCAUCCGUUAUAUGAACAAGUGUUGGCAGCCCACGUUUCGUGUUUCAGAGUGGCCACACCGAUUGAUCAGCUGCCAAUUAUUGAUGCUCAGCUCGCUCAAUCUCGUCAAAUUCUUCACUCUUAUCUAUCACAACAUAAUACUAACAAUCAUCCUCUUUCCGCGAAUGAGAGACAAGAGCUAGACAACUUCUUGGCACAGUAUUUGUUAGUUUUGUGUUCGUUUAAAGAACAACUGCAGCAACAUGUCAGAGUUCAUGCCGUUGAAGCUGUCAUGGCCUGCCGACAGAUUGAACAAGACUUGCAAGCUUUGACGGGAGUGUCUCUGGAUGAAGGAAGUGGAGCGACUAUGUCAGACGACGAUGAGGAUGAGCUGCAGAUGGACUACUCUUUUGAUCAAUCGGGGAGUGAUGCACAUGACAUGAUGGGAUUUGGUCUUCCAACAGAGUCCGAGAGAUCCCUCAUGGAGAGAGUUAGGCAAGAAUUGAAAAUUGAGCUAAAACAGGGAUUCAGGUCGAAGAUUAAAGAUGUUAGAGAUGAGAUUCUGAGAAAAAGAAGGGCAGGGAAACUACCUGGUGACACAACCUCAGUGCUCAAGGAAUGGUGGCAGCAACAUUCCAAGUGGCCUUACCCUACUGAAGAUGAUAAAGCAAAGCUUGUAGAAGAGACAGGGUUGCAGUUGAAGCAAAUAAACAACUGGUUCAUCAACCAAAGGAAGCGCAACUGGCACAGCAACUCGAAUUCAACGACAUCUCUCAAGUCUAAGCGCAAAAGAUAGGAAAUUGAGAAGACCUCUCAUGUAUGAUACUGCGCAAGGAAAUAUACUUUUGAUGAUAUGUCCAUAUAUAGAUAAGAGAUGUAUCCUUUAAUGCAUACUGAAAAGCUUUAGGAGUUAAGUAGUAAUCAGGAUAAGACGUGGAUCAUUGUAAACUAUGAACUAGCUCUGUAGUAUAUCAUGCUCUAAGUUAUUACCUUGUGAGAAAAGGGAACUUUCUAACAUAUAAUUUCAAGCUCGCCUUUUGUUUACUGGUAUAAA